AUGGCCACCCCGAAGCUUGAAGGCAUGGCUACGCAGCCCCGCCCCUGCCCUCCGACCAAGCCGAUCCACAGCCUCGUCCUCGACACCGGCCCUCUGAUCAAGAACGACCCGUCCGUCAGCGCGCUCGUCUCCCACGCCGAGCAGCUGUACAUACUCCCCUCGGUCCUGCCCGAGAUCAGGGACGCCGCCACGCGGGCUCGCGUCGAGACGUCGCUGCUGCCGUUUGCCAAGGUCCGGGCGCCGGGCGCCGCCAGCGUCAAGUUCGUGACCGAGUUUGCCAGGCGGACGGGCGACUUGGCGGUGCUGAGCCGGACCGAUGUCGAGGUCGUGGCGCUGGGCUACGAGCUGGAAUGCGAGCGCAACAACGGCGACUGGAGGCUGAGGCGGGCUCCUGGACAAAAGGCCCUGAAUGGGCAGCUGGAGCAGGGCGAGGCGCCCGCGACGAAGGAGCAGGACGGCGGGGAAGUGCUGCACCAUGGCGGGCCAGGCGCUCCCGCCGUCGGGGGGGCUUCCGCAGACACGCCGGGCCUGGAAGACGAGAUGGAUAGCCUGAGCCUGGGCGUUGCUGCGGAACAAGCAGGACAAGCGAUACCCGCCGCCGCCGCCGAGGAUGCGCCUCCCGCGGCGCAAGAAGAGGACCAAGACGCCGAAUGGAGCCAGGUGCCCGUCUCGGAGACCCCCGCCCCCAAACCCAUCGCCACGCCGGCAGACGCGGCAGAAGAUUCCGACGACGGCGACGACGACGGCUGGAUCACGCCGUCCAACCUGAAAAGACACCAGGCCCACGACGCCGCCCCCUCCUCCGCCAACACCCCCUCCCUACCGCUGCAAAAGACGCUCCAAGCCGCCAUCCUCACCUCCGACUACGCCAUGCAGAACGUCGCCCUCCGCAUCAACCUCAACCUCGUCACCCCGUCCUUCUCCCGCAUCACCCACCUCAAGAACUGGGUGCUCCGCUGCCACGGCUGCUUCGCCAUCACCAAGGACGCCGACAAGCAGUUCUGCCCCAAGUGCGGCCAGCCCACCCUCACGCGCGUCAGCUGCUCCACCGACCGCGACGGCAACUUCCAGAUCCACCUCAAGAAGAACUUCCAGUGGAACAACCGCGGCAACGUGUACAGCGUGCCCAAGCCCGUGCACGGCAGCGCCAACGGGCGGCUGCCCAGGAAGGCGGGCGGCAAGAACGGCUGGGGCCGGGAUCUCAUCCUUGCGGAGGACCAGAAGGAGUACGUGAGGGCGAGCGACGAGCAGAGGCGGCAGCGGAAAAAGGACCCCAUGGACGAGGACUAUCUCCCUGCGAUGCUGGGCGGCAAGCGCUCCGGAGGUGGGGGGAGGGUGCGCGUCGGGGCAGGGAGGAAUGUGAACUCCAAGAGGCAUUAA